AUGAGUGAUUACGAUUUGCUGUUUGCGAUUCGUCUGCAGAAUUCUACCAUUUUCAAGAAGCUGAAGCAUGAAACAAUUGACCUAGUGGACUGGGAACACUCGAUUCUUUGCGAAAGUGUUUUUUGCCAGCUCUUGGCCACCUUUGAAGUACCAAAACAUCGUGCUAGUCUAGUAAACGCCCUAUAUAGUCACCUGAAAUCCAAACUUCACCUCCAGACCGCUGUGGGGUACGAUCCGUGUUUUCAUCUUGGUACCGUGGAAGAUAUCGCCCGCCGCACCAAUUGUCGAUUCUGUUGUAUUGUACACUCUGCACUUGCAAUAGGCAGCCACGUGGCAGAGCAUGACGAUAUACACGUUCAAUACAUAACAGAAGAGGGCAAGUUCGACCUGGUCACGCUGGGUAAAUUGGGCAGGCCUGAAGGAAGAGUGCUAGCACUAGGUGUGAGAAUUGUCUUUUGUGAGGGACCGGACAAGGCGCAGGCCACCAUACACUGUGGCCGUCCCAUAAAUUUCAAACGCUUCGACCUGGAGCAAGUCGGACACUGGCUAUCGCUCUGCGAACAGUCCCACGAAGCUCCGUGUCAGCGGAAUCCCACCAAACCACGUGGAUGGAUGCCAGCUUCACAAAGUCAUACAUUUCGGCUAAUCGAUGUUCGGAAAGAAUGCGUUGUCAGUCGACCAUGGCAGAGUAGAUACCUAGCUCUGAGCUAUGUGUGGGGUGGAAUUGAACAGCUCCGCCUGGAGAAGCAUUCAAUAGAUACUCUAAAGGUCCCCCGGUCACUUCAGAAGCUUCGAGACAAUAUCCCAAAGACGAUUCAGAAUGCAAUAACUUUCGUCUAUCUGAUUGGCGAGAAGUACCUCUGGGCUGACGUCCUUUGCCUCGUACAAGACGACCAAAGUUCCAUGAAAGACGGUAUUCAACUGAUGAACUAUGUUUACGAGAAUGCUCUUGCAACAAUCGUUGCAGCUGAUGGCUCAGAUCCGCACGCUGGGCUUCGAAGGCUUCAUUCGAAUUCUACCCAUCCUUCGACCAAUUGCGUGCAGACAAUGAAACCAGGCUUACGGUUGAUGGCGCUAGGAGCUUUGGACGUGCAUCUGAAGAGGUCGAAAUGGUCCUCAAGGUCCUGGACCUUCCAGGAACAACUUUUAUCAAGGCGUACAGUAGUCUUCGUCAACAAGCAGGUGUAUUUUUGCUGCCGCCAGCGCAUUUGGUCAGAAGAUACAUGCACGGACAAGUUCCCAGACGAUCGGUUGAUGUACGAGUGGCGAGUCAAUGCGAUAUCGUGUCUCGCGGUCGGCUCUUCAAGCAACGGCGAUCUAGAAGACGACGAGGAACCUCUCCCUCUCUUGACCAAUAUGCUGGAAUACUAUGGCAUGCGAGAACUUACAUAUGAAUGUGAUGCCAUCAAUGCUAUCUCUGGUGUACUAAACGUCAUCUCAACCAACAUGGGUUCAGAUUUUUUGCAAGGCAUACCAGUGGUUGCUUUAGAUUACAUGGUUCUCUUCCAGAUCUAUGGAGAUAAGAAAAUUUCAAGAGACAAAACACCCAACGCAGGCCGCAGGGCAAGACGACGACGAAAUUUCCCUUCCUGGUCAUGGGCGGGAUGGGAAGCCUUGUAUUCAUGGAACACCCAUCCAGACGUCUCUCCAAUUGACCCAACAUCCUUCAACAAGUGGCUCGAUCACCGGACAUGGAUAGUGUGGUACAAGUCUAUAGGUUCGGACCUACCCAAGGCCAUACUUGAGAAACAGCCUGGCAACAAGCGGUCUAGGGGUGAGAUAGGGGUAUUCUAUAGCAGAACAUCUCAGCCCAGUCUUGCAGAUCGUUUUGGAAUGCUCGACACCUUAACAACGGUUCCAGCUGCCUCGUUUGCUAUAGCCCCAGCAUAUUCGACGCAAGACCUACUGCGUUUCUAUACUGUCGUGGUAAUUCUGACAGUAUCCCUUGACAUACCUGAUCGGAUCCCUUGGCCAAUACACAAUGAGUAUGACAGCAACAUGCUGCAUAUGAGUGACGUGAAGCCCUCCGCAGCUAUAUAUGACUCUGAAGGGUGCUUCUCUGGCCUGCUGCUAUUCGACAUUGCUGGUUUCCUUGGAGAAGAUGGUGAAUAUGAGUUGGUUCUUCUUUCCGAUUCUCAAAACAGUCUCUUCAAUAGGAUGGACCUGCAAGAUCCUUCCCGUCUGAACCCUUUCGUCAGCUAUCAGGCCAUUAACCAUGAUUGGAGAUUGUACUGGGUCUUGCUCCUGACCUGGAACGAGGGAGUAGCAGAGAGACGAGGCCUAGGACAGAUACUGCGAACUGCAGUCGAAAAGUCGUUUUCACCAGGCGCCCAAUGGAGAGAAAUUGUUCUUGGAUAA